GCGAGAAAGAAAGAUGUCAUAGGAAGUAAAUGAGAGACUUUGAGUGUUGUAAGGCAAGGAAAGAAUCCAUUUAAUAAAAUUGUUCACCAGCAGCAACAGCAAGGAAGGGAAGCUCCUUCCUUCCUUGCAGUUUCUCAAGGGACCUAAAUUCUCCAUAUAAAUUGCAAGGGUUUGUUGAAGGGCAUCAACUGAGAACUUUUGACCUUAAAAAAAGCUGCAAAAAAUGGGAGUUGGAGGAACAUUGGAGUACUUGUCUGAUCUGGUGAACAACAGUGGCCACAAACACAAAAAGAAGAAGCAAUUACAGACAGUGGAGCUCAAAGUCAGGAUGGACUGUGAUGGCUGUGAGCUUAAGGUCAAGAAUGCCCUCUCUUCCUUAACUGGAGUUAAAUCUGUGGAGAUAAACAGAAAGCAACAGAAGGUGAGUGUGACUGGGUAUGUUGAACCAAACAAAGUGCUGAAGAAGGCAAAGUCAACAGGGAAGAGGGCAGAGAUAUGGCCUUAUGUGCCCUACAACUUAGUGGCACAGCCCUACAUUGCCCAGGCUUAUGACAAGAAGGCACCUCCUGGUUAUGUCAGAAAUGUGGACAACAAUCCCUCCUCCACUGGGACUGUCACAAAAUAUGAAGACCCUUACACCACCAUGUUCAGUGAUGACAACCCUAAUGCCUGUUCUAUCAUGUAGUACCAUAACUUGCAAGCAUCUUCUCUUGAUCAGUUAAUUAGUCUCCUAGCUAGCUAGCUUCCAAGUCUCCCCUCUUCUUUUUUUCAAUGUUGUAUUUUUUGUUUUUGUUUUCCUUUUAUAUGGGAAUUAUCAGGAAUUAGAGGGGGGGUUUGAUUUCAUCCUGCCAUCUUUCGUACUCGGAAAAGGUCUUGUAGUUCAAAUGGUUAAAAACAUUUUCUUAGUAUCCAAGCCACAUAUGUUAAAUUAUGCUCACCUCUAGUAUUGCUCGUAUAAAAAUUAAACAAAAAAGGGGGUCUUUUAUCAA